UUAAGCAGAUAUCUCUGGAAUAUGUUGGGUAAAUUAUUUCUGUAGAUAUUGUAAGAAAAUGCUUUUUAAUAGUUAUACUUUUUUUGAAGGGAAGUGUUGUUUUGUAGCCUUUCAUCUUAAUUUAAAUAAAGCAAAAAAGAAUAGUAUACUGUUACUGUUCUUUAUUUAUUGGUGGAAAAUUGUUUUUAAAGAGCAUUUUCAGCAUAUACUUGAUGAUGGAAAAAAUAGUAAAUUUCUGUAUAUAUCUUGUGUUGUGAUAUCUGACUUCAUGAACAUUUUUUACACUGUAUGUCUUGUGUACUUUUGUGUACUAUGAAUAAUAAUGAACUGCAUUCAUGUUUUGUUGGAUAGGGUCAAAUUUGCUGCAGAUAGUUUACAUGCCUCAUAAAAUCACUCAAUAUUCUUCGCUGCAAAGUUCGUCAAUGUCGCCAACAAGUGAAGAGGCAGUAUACAUCCCACACCUCACCUCCGGUCUUCAGUUGUAGUCGACUAUGUUUUAAGUUGCUCCUAGACAAACUCUUCACAAUAAGGCGUCCUAUGGAUGGAAAAAGUGGCCAAAACUCAUAUACGUCAAAUUUCUGUCUGCUAAAUACAGGGCUGAUCUUCAAUCUUCAGCACAAUGGGUAUUCGACUGUUCUCCAAGAAUAAAUCCCACCUCUUCACAUAAAGUAAUAUGCUGCUAGCUCCGUCGGUGGAACAAGAUUGCUCUUCAAAAUUGCUUUUAGAUCAGCUGUUUUGUCGUUUAUUGACUGUAUUAGGGUCGACAAGAAUUUUUCAGUACCAGGCAAUAUUUUUUAAUAAUGAUCUGCAGUACAAAAUGUCGUCUUCAUCUGCCAACUCUUUAAAUCGUCCAGAUUGUGUACAUCCAUCCUCAUUUCUCCGAUGUAUGUCACACCUCCUCGUUCACCCCUCGAUGUUUUCUCGACUUGUUAUCAUUCUAAAAAUAGCACACUGCAAACGCACUUGGCUACGCUAUAUGAUCAGGUCAAGGUCACCAAGAAGAAGGUCACCAUCACCACGUAGAUACAGAAGCAGAUCCAGAUCUCCAAUCCGUAAACAUCAGUCUGUAUCAAAGUCCCCUGAAAGAAGGAGUACUGGUAGAAGAGAAUGGGAUUAAACUGUCACCUUGUACUUACUGUCAGUCAUCACACCUUGGAUCAUCUGAUGUUACCUAAGUGUCAUGUGAUGUAAUAUGUGUAUAUUUAUACAAAAUGAUGGUCAUAUCAUUUACAUGUGUUUAUAUAUUGUACAGUCUGUGUAUUGUUGUUUUUUGGGGGGUUUUGUACGUAAUAAGAUGUAAAACUGAAAUUGUAUUUAGAAAAACUACUAGACUGUACUGUUUUCCACAGCUUCAGUUUGUCUGCUCAUAACUUUGAUUAAGACUAUUAAGUUUUUACUUCAGACAGACAAAUAGUGUAAUUAUUUUUAUUCUCAUGUCAGUGUUCUCCAUUGAAGAUGACAAACAUGCAAAAAAAAUCAAGAAAAGCAGAUUAAAUUGUAAGUUUAAAUUAUGAAAAAUGAUACAGUUGCAAUUCUUUUGGCAGGUUUAUUUUUUGCAUUUGUUUCUCGGCCAGUGCUAGUUUGAUAUUUUUUAUCUUCAUCAAGAGAGGCCUUUGUAAUUGGAUAAGCGAUACAUCAUUCGUGAUGAAAUAAUGCACGGAGGGGCACCUGGGGUCUUCCUCCACCAUCAAAGCUGGAAAGUCACCAUAUGAACUAUAAUUGUGUCGGUGCGACGUUAAACCCAACAAAAAAAACAAAACAAAAAAAACAUCAUUUUCCAGUGAUAGGCUUUAAGUUAGUAAAUUCCCACACUUAAUGGUGACAAACUUCAAGGUGGCAAAAUGUAGGUUCGGCAUUUUAAAUGGAGACCAUCAGUGUAUUUAGAUUUGUGACAAGGCUAGGCCAGUUUAAGGGCAUAAGGAAAAUGUUAAGUAAAGAGAUUUUUUGGGUAUGUGGAAUGAACCUAAUAUAGAAUUUUAAAUGUUUCAAAAGUGAUUUCAUUUAUUCAUACAAAAACGUUAUUCAUACAACUGUAACUUUUUAAGUACAGGGUAUAAUCAGUUCAUCUUACACUAUUCAUUGCAUGUCUAUUUACUUGCCAAUAAAAAGUGAAUACAAGCUUAAGCCUUAAAUAAGGUCACUUUGUUGAGGCAUUUAAGUCAAAAUAGAUUUUCUAAAUUUGUCAAGCAUCUUAUUUAUUUUUAGCUCAUCUGAUUUUUUGAAAAAAAAUGAUGAGUUAUUGUCAUCACUUGAGCGGUUGUCGGCGUCGGCGUCGGCGUCGGCGUCGGCGUCGGCGUUGCUUGGUUAAGUUUUAUGUUUAGGUCAGCUUUUCUCCUAAA